CCAACCCUAAACAUGGCUGAAACCGAGAUUUUCCCUCCCGUGAAGUGGAGGCUAAACCUACUUUCGGCCCCACCCUCCAAGUUGUGAUGCAUUUUAUUGUAUUUUUUCUAAUGAACCAGUAAUUACACGACCGCUCGCGUUUGAUGACGUCACUGGAAGCAGAGGGUGCAUUUUUUUUGCAGCGUGGCUUUACGGAGGCGUCACGUGACCCGCUAAUUCCGCGUUCCCGACGGCCGGGAUGUUGUCUCUGGCUCUCCAUGGAGGCGCGCCCGGCUUUGCCUAAGCCAUCCUAGCCGCUAUUCCUCCACCCCGAUCCAGGUGCCAUCGAUGCCGCAUUGAGCGAGCGAGCGCGCGGCCUCUCGUUCCUUCGUCGAGCCCUGUCGUCGAACAGCGCGGCCGAGCUGGGGGGCAAUCCGGGGAAAGGGAGCCGCGGCGCCGCGCCCCGGCCGCCGGACACCCCGCCGCGACGCACCACCAAUAUGCUCACCCGGGUUAAAUCCGCCGUGGCCGGCUUCAUGGGCGGAAUCAUGGCCGGCGGCGGCCCCGGCGGAGGCGGCGGCCCCGGCUCGGACCUGCCGCUCAAAUUCCCCUACAUGAGGCCGGAGUUCCUCGGACUCUCCCCGGAUGAGAUCGAGUGCUCCGCGGAUCACAUCGCCAGGCCCAUCCUCAUUCUAAAGGAGACCAGGAGAUUACCGUGGGCCACCGGAUACGCUGAAGUGAUUAAUGCCGGAAAGAGCGCUCUGAACGAGGACCAGGCGUGCUGCGAGGUGGUGGUGGUCAGGAGGCGGCCCGUGAGCUGUUGCCCGCCCUCGACGCCCAGCAAGACCCCCACGGCCAAGAGACGCAACUCCCUGCCCAACGGCGAGCGCUUGGAGCACAGCAAGCUCGGGGAGGACAACGAGGGACUAGUAUUCCACUACUGGGCCUUGUUCGACGGCCACGCCGGUUCCGGCGCCGCCGUCGUGGCCUCCCGCCUGCUCCAGCACCACAUCGCCUGUCAGCUGCAGGCCGUUAUCGAGAUCCUGCACAACCUGGCCUCCCUGCCGCCCACCGUCCUGGGCGAGGAGUCUGACGGCCAACCCUACCUGCAGGGCAACACGGCAGGCCCCCAGCGCUCCCUGACACGGGCGGCGUCGCUGCGGAGUGCGGCCGGGGCGCCGGGCUCUCCCAGCAGCACGCCUACUCCGCCGCGCUUCUUCACUGAGAAGAAGGUCCAGCACGAGAGCUUGGUGAUUGGAGCCAUGGAGAAUGCCUUCAAAGAAAUGGAUGCACAGAUUGAGAGGGAGAAGCAGGGCUACAACAUCACAGGAGGCUGCACAGCCCUCACUGUGGUCUACAUGCUGGGGAAGCUGUACGUCGGCAAUGCAGGCGACAGCAGAGCCGUCAUUAUCAGGAACAAUGAGAUUGUUCCCAUGUCAACAGAAUUUACACCGGAGUCGGAACGACGGAGGCUACAAUUCCUGGGUUUCAUGCAGCCUCACCUGUUGGGCAAUGAGUUCACGCACCUGGAGUUCCCGCGGAGGGUCCAACGGAAGGAAGUCGGGAAGAGGAUACUCUACAGGGACUUCACCAUGAACGGAUGGGCGUACAAGACGGUCGAGGACGAAGACCUCAAGUUUCCGCUAAUAUACGGCGAAGGGAAAAAAGCUCGCGUUUUGGCGACCAUCGGCGUGACGCGUGGCCUCGGCGACCACGACCUCAAAGUUCACGACUCUAACAUCUACAUCAAGCCCUUCCUGUCCUGCCUUCCCGAGGUGAAGGUGUACAACCUCACGCAGUACGAGCACGGCGCAGACGACGUCCUGGUGAUGGGCACCGACGGCCUGUGGGACGUCCUGUCCAAUCAGGAAGUCGCCGAGGCGGUCUCCACCUUUCUUGCUAACUGUGACCCUGACGACCUUCACAGGUAUACAAUGGCAGCACAAGAUUUGGUGAUGCGAGCGCGUGGCGUGUUAAGGGAUCGAGGCUGGAGGAUCACCAACGAGCGCCUGGGCUCCGGGGACGACAUAUCCGUCUUCAUCAUACCGCUGAUGUACGGCAACCGUCAGCCCUGAGCCGCAAACGAUGAACAAUUCCUUUAAUAAGGUCCCUCCUGAAUCCUUUUUGCACAUUUAACUAUGUUUAUGUUGGAGUGGUCAGCCAAAACAUUGUGGUGCAAGCAGGAGUUCACUGUCCUGCUAAGUUAGGGCCACAAAACUGGGCUACACUGACUCACUAUUGCCUCUUGAGGAAGUAAGCAGCAUUGUGACCCAAGAGACUGCAGCAAUAUGGACUCAUUUCAGGGACACUUUUAUUCAGCUAAAACAAGUCAGGUGUCCAUAUUGAGUCCAUAUAAUCUAUCUUUUUAGGUGCUCACAAACUAACCAUAAAAUAGAACAUUGUGGCUUUUUUUUUUUUUUUUGCCACAAUGUAGCUUUCAAGGAUCUACUUUAUGAAUGACUGUAUCUUGGUCUCAGCAGGAGCCAUUUAGGCCUCUCUCUCUCAAGUGAAGGCCAUGCUUAAAAAAAAAAAAAUGCCAGCAUCCCUGCAAGUGAUUGAAAAUGUUCAUUCAAAUAAAUCAAUAGCGGUUUAAAGCAUAAACAUUUCCCUGAAAAUGAUCACUUUAUCAGAUAAGUUGUUUGAUUGCACUUUAAUUUGACCCACAUCACUUAAAAAGAACAAAGAGGAAGAAACAAUGGCUCUCUGUUGUUUUGUGCAUGCAUCGACAUAUUGGGAGCAAAGGUUUCCACAACAUAGACUGAAUUUGUAUUCCUGUAACUUGUCGUUUCGCUAAAUUGAGUGUCACUGUUUAGUUUUAGUUGUGAUUGCAGCAUUUUCUAAUGUUUUGGGGUUUCAGUGACUGUUUUGGCAGCAUGACACUGGAAAAAAGACCAAGUGAAUCUAAAAGAUGUGCAGAGGGAAGAAUGAGGAAGGCAUCGUGUCACGUUUUGCCUCAUUUUUUUCCCUCCAUUUUUACAACCUAUAGGCUACCUGCAUUUUUCCUCCUGUACAUUCCAUGAGAAAUGCAUUUAAAUAGAGUUCAUAUGCUUUUUGUGUGCUGUUGUUGGUAGUAAAAAAAAUAAUAAUUUAAAGCCUGAUAUUGUAUCUGAUGUGAAACAUAUCGCAUCAGGGCUCGUGUUGAAUGUUCAUCCUCGCUUGACUCGUCAUUCAGCCUUCAUUUCUGUCCAUUAGAUGAAUGUAAUUGCUUUUUUUUUUUGCCCCCCCCCCAUCCAAUUGUGCCACCCAACUUCUGCACAUCAACUCAGGUUUAAUGUUGGCUCAAACUGGUUGAUAGAGAGCAUCCUCAAGGUUGGUGUAUUAUUAUCAAUGUGUCACAGCAGAAUAAGGGAUGGCUGUGUCCAUUCUGUCUGCUUCCCUCUCUGAAGUUGUCGUACUUGUAAUAUGUUUUUUUUUUUUUAAUUUUGUGUGGCAGUGGGGGAAUUCCACAUGUAUAGCAAAAACAGCAUUGAAGUGGCCUCGUGACUUUCCUGCUUUGUGAAUGUCAACUGUACCUUUUGGAUCAGGUUCCUCCAGAAGCCCCAAAACAAGACAUUUUAAUGUUUCCUGAAUUGUGCAACACUACUGUUACGAGGGGUGGGAUGAAUAAACAAAAAAUGAUUGUC